AUGGCCGCGUCCUGCAUUCACCUUGUCUUUCUCCUUUGUCUGGUCCCAGCCACCGCCGCCUCACCUCGCCGUAAUCUACGCAAGUCCCCGGCCGACAUCGCCGCGGCCGCACCGUUUCCGGCAGGCGCGUCACGGCCGACCACCUUCUUCCAGGUCGACCGCCCGCUCCGCCCGCCACCGGGCAGCACCGGCCCGUGCUCCACGCUCCUGCUAUCCGGCUCCUUUGCGUACACCUUCACCAAGCCGCCCGCCACCGCCGCGUACUCCCCGCCGCCCUGCCUGGGCGGCCGCGCCUCGGCGGUCUCCCUCGCCGUCCUCGAGUGGCACGCCACCUGCCGGGGAGUCCAGUUCAACAGGAUCUUCGGCGUCUGGCUCGGGGGCGCCGAGCUCCUCCGCGGCAGCACCGCCGAGCCGCUGCAGAACAGCGUCGUCUGGUCCGUCUCCAAGGACAUCACCGGGUACGCGUCCCUCCUCGCCACCGGCAACUCCACCCUCGCCGUCUUCGUCAAGAACCUCGUCAACAGCCAGUACACUGGCGUGUACUAUGCCAACGUCACGCUCCACGUCUACUUCCGCCACACGCCGACGAGGCCGCCGCCCGCCGUGGCUCCCGCCGACCUCAUCGUCCAGAUGUCCAGAGGCUUACCUCUCAACGACGGGCUCUGGUACAAGAUCCACAACGCCACCGACGUCGUGUCCACCAGCGUGACGUUGCCAUCCAACACCUACCACGCAAGGAAUUGA